UCAUCGCAUGGUAAACAUAGGAUGAGUCAUCGCAAAUUAUCAUAUCUAUCAUGUCUACGAUGCGCAUUUCUACACUUAAAAUAGGACAUUUGCAACUCACAGCAGCGAAUAGAAUAGGAUAAGAAUAAAAGUGCAAUAUACUGGAGUGUAGACCGCAUAUGCGGCGUGACGGACCAGUUCAAGGGCAGACUCUUAUGCAAAUUUAUUGGCUCCAUUGCUACAACGUAGAAAAUGGGAACCAAUAAAAGUGUGUUAUUCGCCGAAGCGGUGUGACGUUGUUUUGCCGCACUAAUUGCAAAUCGUGCCGAAGCUCAAUGAUAUUAUUGUACUGACGGAAGCGCGGAACCGAGAAUCGCUUGUGAAUUAUCGGAAUAAUUUAACGCGGAAUAAUUAUCGGCAAUUGCACUGAGAAAAGACAGUUUCCACGUGAGAACCACCCAAUUGUGCAUUCAAGUAUUCAAGAUGCAUUCUUGUCUUAUUCAGAGUAGAAAAUGCACAUACAAUUGAAAUAGGCGUCAAUAAUGCAUAAUAGGUGCAAUUUCCGGAUUGCACGAGUAAUUUUGUUCCAUGAUUUUUUUUUGCAGUGUCAUUGUAAUCAAGAUCCUUCAUGACAUCAGCGGAACAUUUUAUUAGUCUUAUAACAGUAGCAAGUGCAAAAAAAUUAGCCACUGCGCUUGUUGUCUGCUUUAUUAUAUAUCAUGGAGUUAUACAUCUUAUUUAUGGCAGCGAUUCUUGCAAAUGGUUAUUGACAGAAGGUAGAUAUAAAGGAGAUAAAGAAUGGCAACCAUAUGGAUGCAUGAUGCAUCAUUAUACACAAACAGACAGCAGAAGAUGUAUGCGAUAUCUAGCUUUCAUGGGCCACCAUAAUCAUUUUGUAUUUAUUGGUGAUGCUAGAGUAAGACAGUUGUAUAAAUCCUUUGUCUCCCAAUUUAUGGUUGACGGCAAAGCGUCAGAUCUCACAGAAUUGCCUGAGAAUUCAGACUUGAGCUUCAAUGAUGGGCAACUUAAGUUAAAUGUACAAUUUUUAUGGAGACCACGACUUGAUAAUUCUAUGAUAAUGGACCUCAGAGGCUGGAUGAAUACAGACGCACCUAGUGUAAUCGUCGCUGGUUCCGCCGCAGCUGUAAUUCUGGCAAAUAAUAACAGCGAUACCCAGCUUUAUUCAGAAUAUAGUACUGGUCUGAUCCGACUGGUACAGCCAGUAGAUUUCCUGGCUAAGAAGGGAUCUCAGUUUCUGUGGCUCUUGCAAGAUCCUGUGCUAAAAGAAAGACUGCCUGCACAGUUGUUGAGUUUGGAGAACAAACAAAUCAAUCUGUGCAACAAAGCAGCAGAAAAGAUAUUGUCUCAUAGUGAGGCUCACAUAUGGCAAAGCAGUAAACUAGUCGGUACAGGUGUCCUUGAACAAAGUCCAGACGGCUAUUUGGCAAGUCCAUUGUCACUCCGUCAUAAAGUUCAGAUACUGUUGAACACGUACUGCAACGACCAUAUGAAUUUUGACGAUGGCAGCUGCUGCAGUUAUCCCGAGCCAGCAACCACUUUGCAACUGCUAAGUCUGUCUGCGCUUGCCUUAUGUAUAACAAUAGGAGGAGCGGUGUGGCUGUACAGAAAGUUUUGCAAGUAUCGUUCGGAGAUAUUUUACUCUCACGUUACCACUGAGGAAGUAGAAGAUGCGGAAGAAGCGGGUACUUCGGAAGUCAUUCAAAUCAGACAACCUGAGGAGCAAGAUUUUUACACUCUCAUCACGUCAUUGGCCCUUUUCUCGAUUAUAUUGGCAUAUUUUUACUUGUGUGACAGAACAAAUUUCUUCAUGAAGGAGAAUAAAUAUUACAGCGAAUUCAGCUUUUGGCUACCACUUGGGUAUAUCUUAGCUCUUGGAUUAUUCUUUACUGAAGAUCGUGAAAGAGGCCCGAGCGCGUUAAAUAGAGAGCAAACGGAUGAAUGGAGAGGUCUGAUGCAAGCGGUCGUGCUGAUAUACCACGUUACCGGUGCCAAAAAUGUCUUACCCAUUUACAUGUACUUAAGAUUAAUUAACUCAGCUUAUUUAUUCUUAUCUGGAUACGGACAUUUUUGUUAUUUUUGGCAAACUGGUGAUGUGUCCCUUGUUAGAUUUGCCAGAGUCAUGUUUAGACUAAAUUUAUUGACGGUAUCGCUAUGCCUCUGCAUGAACAGGCCGUAUCAGUUCUAUCACUUUGUGCCGUUGGUGUCGUUCUGGUUUCUGGUGAUCUAUUUUCUGGCCUGGUUGCCACCUAGAAUAUACUCUGGAAGUUUGGCAGAAUAUGGUCCGAGGGUUUUAUUGUACUUCGCUCUGAAGCUUUUGGGACUGGUGUCGAUAAUCACAAUACUGUAUAUGUCAGAGGUGUUCUUCGAAAAAGUUUUCGUCACGAGGCCUUGGAAAGCGUUAUUCGUAACGACCGACGAUGAUAUUCGCGAGUGGUGGUCUCGUUGGAGAGUCGACAGGUACAGCGUGGCUUGGGGUUUGACCUUCGGAGCUGGCCUUGUAGCUCUUCAAAGAAUAGACCAUAUCCCAGGCACUGCUCUAUCUUCUCUGUUGGCGUUGGUUUCUCUGAUCGCGUACACCACCUUCACGAUUUUGUGCCAUUCUGUAUCCGAGUGCGAAGAAAUCCAUUCUUACGUCGCUUUUAUUCCGAUUAUAGGAUAUAUCGCUCUGCGAAACGCGUCGCUGGCACUACGGGGGAAACAUUCUGCGCUCUUGGCCGGCUUGGGUAGAAUAAGCUUGGAAACUCUAGUCGCACAGGGUCACAUAUGGCUAGCGGCGGACUCGCACGGAGUGCUCGUAUUAUUACCGCGAUUCCCAGUAUUAAAUCUAUUGGUCACAUCGUUUAUUUUCAUUUGCGCCAGCCAUGAAAUUCAUAGAUUGACGCAUGUAUUGGCACCAUAUGCGGUACCAAAUGACUGGAAAUUAGUAGCUCGCAAUUUGCUAUUAUUCAUCACUGUGCUGAUACCUAUCGGCAUUCAUGAUGGAAUGUUUUAAAACAUAGGACUGUUAUCUUUAUAAAAAUCAAAAAUAUUAGCAGUAUUAACAUGCAGUAAAUACCCAGAUAGCCAAACCUGCGCGAACAGAUUUCGAGCAGAGCUUGCUAUCAACUUUUGAUGGCAAAUAGAUAACAAAUUUGAUGCAGGAUCUGUUAUAUCAAAUCUUGCUGCCAAAUUGCCGCCAGAUAUGCGGCAGAGCUUGUUGUCGGAUAAUUGCUGCAGAUUUGCAGCAAAAACCGCGCAGAGCUUGUAGCAAUUUGACGGCAAAUUGGCGGCAGAAAUCGCGCAGACCUUGCUGCGCUGCAAGCUUUGAGCGGUUUUUGCUGCAAAUUUGGCACCAAUUGCCCGACAACAAGAUCUGUCGCCAAAACCGUAGCCUAAUGUAGACACAGAUGGCUAUGGUUUUGCUGUGGGAUUUUGACUAAAUUUGCUGCCAAUCUGCGCGCAGUCUGCGCUCAAUUUGCUUACUGGGUAAGAUUUCAUAUCAUGUAGCAUGAUGAAUAAAGAUGAGAAACAAAGAUUAGAAAAAUUAAGUAAACAGAUAUAUCAUGCUAUUCUCUUAUAAGAUAAAAUAAUAAUUUUAUAUUGCAAUAUAUGUUAAUUAAUGAGACUACAGUUGAAUUACUUUAGAAAUGUCAGCUUAUUUAUUUGUACAUUAUAUCUUAUUUGUGAUCCACACAAUUUACUAUUUUGUACAAUUAUUCAAUCUUUAAUUACAAUCUAUGUAUGUAGUAUGUAAUAUAUCUAAUUAUAAAUA